UUCAGUCAGCUUUGAGACGCAGCAGCCACAGCAGCAGCAGCAGCAACUGCUGCAGGUUUUCAGCGGUCGGUCCAACCAGGAACAUCAGGGAUAGAGAAUUUUCCCAACAGGAUGCGGAGUCGCACGGAACUGGUGACCACCACUUUCGAGGAGAGCGACGAGGACGACUUCAGUCCGGACGAUGAUUCCGACUCCGAGGAGGACUGGCGGCCCACCAAGAAGCGUCCGUCCAAGCCAUCUGGCUCCGAUGGCGGCAGGAAGCGGAAAUCGGCGGCCGCCACCGCCUCGAAGGCCAAGCGCCGCAUGGCCAAGGUGAGCGACGAGGAGUCCGACGAGGAGGAUGACCUAGAAACGGAUCCCAGCGACGACGACUUCGACUUUCCCUCGGCCAGCACAUCAAAGAGGCCCCAGAGUCUGCCGCCCAAGAAGCAAUUUGUUAAGUUAAAUCAACUGGAUUUGCUGGUUAAGAAGUCAGAUCUCUUGGAAAACGACUGGCUGAAGAACAAUCGCUUGUGUCUGUGGCGUAAGGAUGAGCAAACGAAUCUGCUCCAGAAGUAUCUGCGGGUGAAGUCGCCUGCCGAAGAGGAGGAACUGCUCUUCACCUCCAGUUCGGUGUACUCCAGUUGGGACGACCAGCAGACAAACGACUUCAUAGAGGUCAAAGUCAACUGUUUGGAUCCCAACAACAGACGGAUUAAACUACACGAUCUCGAGGGGCUUAAGAAAAUCUCCGAGGAACUACAAUCAGAGAGGGAAAAAACCCCAAUAUCGGACAAAGAAGACGCUUCAGAAGCGGAAGAAGAGAAGCCAGACGAUGCUGAUUCUUAAAUCACUAUUAAAUAUACACGAAACUAACAUUUUCUUUAGCAAUUAAAACUAGUUGGCCAAGUUAGCGUUAAACAAACAAUUUCCUUAUAACAACAGCAUGUGAAGACACUUUAAAUUUAAUUUAGUAAAUUAAAGGAGCCUGAGACAACCAGAAAAUCAAAAGUCAAAACAUUUGAAAAAUAUACAUUUUAAAGCUUGGUGUUUCAAUUGUAA